GAAAACCGUUUCGUUGCAUAUUUAUACGCACUCUCAAUAGUGCUGCGCCAAUCGGUGAUGGAGUCGAGAGAUAGAAACUGUGUGGACUUGUGAUGAAUUGCAGUGGAGUUGCAUGCUGAAAUGAUCAUACGCACGAUUCUAAUUGCCAACAGAAAAAAUCUCUACAUUUGUUCGAGCUUUUUUUUUUUUGAUUCCUGUAUAUUGAACGCGAAGGUUCAAUAGCCAGCAUCAUCAUUACUGGAGAAGAGUGCUGCGGCAGUGGUGAAAGAGAAAAUAAGAACGCAAAGAGAGAGCGAGAGAUCGCAACGGUUUAUCAAGCACAUCGUAAAGGCGAUAGAGCGAGAAGGCGCGAUAAGUUUUCGAUUGCUCGGUGUUUCGCGAUCGCGGUGAAACCGAGGAUCAAAUCUUGGCGUGUUCAUUUACGGAGUCCGUCACUGUGUUAGAGUAAAGGAGUUUUCGCGAGAGAAACAAGUGCUCACUUAUUUAUAACUAACAGCGAUUGUACGUACGUGUGUGUGUGGUGGUUUAGAUGACACAGUGAUUUUUCAAGUGAUUCUGUUUUUUUUGCUCUAUCAGUGUUACUAUUCAAAGUGAAAUUGUUCUGAAGAAAAACAAGUGUAUAUUAUUGUCUGUGUACGUUUGUGUACGGGUGUUGGGAAUCGCCGGGAGAGUGCUGGUUCGAGACGAUUGUGAGGAGGCACGGUUCCUCGGAGGAAAGUGAGACGCACACAGAAAGUGCAAGAGGAUUUAAUUGUUUUUCGGACGAAACCGUGUAUCCGGAACCACUACAACUCUGGAUUACGAAUACGGAGACGAUUUUAAAGGUUCGCAGUAUGAACCUGGAGGGUAUGCGUCCCAGGUACAGAAACGCUCCAACAUGACGCAACGCGAGGGCAUCUACAAGUUUGAAAACGAGCGGAUCAAGACACUACAGGAAGAACGGUUGCACAUACAGAAGAAGACGUUCACAAAAUGGAUGAACUCGUUCCUAGUCAAGGCCAAGAUGGAGGUCGAAGACCUGUUCACCGAUCUGGCCGAUGGAAUCAAGCUACUGAAACUGCUCGAGAUCAUCUCGGGCGAGAAGCUCGGCAAGCCGAACAACGGCCGAAUGCGGGUCCAUAAAAUUGAGAACGUAAACAAGAGUUUGGCCUUUCUGCACACCAAGGUUCGUCUGGAAUCCAUCGGAGCGGAAGAUAUAGUCGAUCACAACCCGCGGCUCAUUCUUGGCCUAAUCUGGACAAUUAUUCUUCGUUUCCAAAUUCAGGAGAUUGAAAUCGAUGUGGAUGAAGAAAACGAAUCAUCGGAGAAGAAAUCCGCCAAAGACGCUCUGCUGCUGUGGUGCCAGCGUAAAACCCAGGGCUACCAGAAUGUGCACAUUACCGAUUUUACCGGUUCGUGGCGCUCGGGGUUGGGCUUUAACGCGCUCAUCCACUCGCAUCGGCCCGACCUGUUCGAUUACAACAGCCUCAUGCCGGGGCGAAACAUCGAGAACCUUAACCAUGCCUUCGAGGUGGCUGAUCGCGAACUGGGUAUACCGCGGUUGCUGGAUGCGGAGGAUAUUGACACUGCCCGUCCGGACGAGAAAUCGAUCCUGACCUAUGUGGCGAGCUACUAUCACACGUUUGCCAGGAUGAAGAACGAACAGAAGGGUGGUAAACGAAUUGCGAAUAUCGUGAACAAACUGAUGGACGCGGACAAGAAGAAGAUGCAGUUCGAAAGUCUUAUCACCGAUCUGCUGAGUUGGAUUCGGACCAAAACGGUGGAGCUGGAGAAGCGAAACUUCCCCAACUCGGUGGAGGGCAUCCAGCGGGAACUGUUGGCCUUCAAGGAGUACCGUACCGUUGAGAAACCGCCCAAAUAUAAGGAACGAUCAGAGAUCGAGGCGUUGUACUUCCACGUGAACACCUUGCUGAAGUCCCUCAACCAGCCACACUAUACUCCCCAGGACGGUAAAAUGAUCAACGACAUCGAGAAGGCCUGGCGGGCGCUGGAGAAUGCUGAACAUAACCGAGAGGUUGCACUACGAGAGGAACUGUUGCGCCAGGAACGGUUGGAACAGCUGAACUACAAGUUCGAAAAGAAAUCAGUAUUACGGGAAGGGUACCUGAACGAGAUGAUCCAAGUACUCUCCGAUCCUAGAUAUGGUGCGAAUUUAAGACAAGUAGACGCCACGGUAAAAAAACACGAGGCCAUCUCGGCUGAUAUUUUGGCGCGAACGGAUCGGCUAAACGAUUUGACGGAUAUGUGCAAUGAACUACACAAUGAGAACUACCACGGGAAGGAUCGGGUUCAGAAGCGGGAAACAGAGAUAAUCACGAAGUGGAAAGAACUGUUGGAUCUGCUGGAGAAUCACAAGAGCAAGUUGGCGCAGAUGAGCGGAUUGAUGAACCUUUUACGGGAGAUUGACGCCACUAUGAGCACGAUUACGGCACUAAAGGUCCAGUUCGCCUCCGAGGAUGUUGGUCCGCAUUUGCUUGGCGUUGAAGAACUGUUGCAGGCGCACUCGCUUCUAGAACUACAAGUCACCACACUGGGAGAAACACAGCGGAGAUACAUCAGACAGGGGGAAGCGUACAAGAAGUCCGGAACGAAAGACACCAGCCAGCUCGACCAGAAAUUGGACGAGCUGGCAAAGUCCUACCAAGAACUGCAGGGAUGCAGCGCGGAACGGCGAGCACGGCUGGACGAAGCACGCGAUUUUUAUCAAUUCGUGGAGGAUCACGAAAACGAAGAGGGAUGGCUGGUGGAUAAACAGCGUAUCUGCAAGGCCGGAAUCACCGCCAAAGAUUUACGCGCUGUGGUGUCGCUUCAGCAAAAACACAAAGUUUUGGAAGAUGAAAUGAAGGUUCGUAAGCCGAAGUCAAUACAAAUCAAAGAAUCGGGCAGGAAACUCAUCACAGACAAUCAUCCCAGACGAGCAGAUGUGCAAACAAAGAUUGAAUCACUUCAGGAGCACUGGAAAGCGCUGGAGGAUUUGGUCGACGUGCGUAGAAGACAGCUGGAGGAGGCAGCCGAGGCGUAUCAAUAUUACGCCGAUGCUAACGAGGCCGAUUCAUGGCUGAAUGAGAAGAUGGCUCUGGUAGCUUCCGACGAUUAUGGAGUGGACGAACCGUCGGCUCAAGCUCUACUUCAGAGACAUCGUGAUCUACAGGGUGAGCUCAACGCAUACUCAGGGGAUAUCUUGAACCUGAAUCAACAAGCCGAUAAGCUUAUUAAAGCUGGCAUUUGUACUUUGGACCUAUCAGCAGAACCUGAACCCACCCAGGAAGUGGAACAGGAGGAAUGGGUAAACGAAACUCGCCUAGUACCGAAGGAGGUUUGGGAAGAGGAACCUGUGGAACGGUUGGAACAUAAAACAGUCACCGAGAACAAGCUACUGCCCCACGUUCGUGCCCUCUACCCCUUCGAAGGACAGGGAAUGAAAAUGGCCAAAGGUGAAAUUAUGAUUCUGCAGAACAAAGCCAAUCCCGACUGGUGGAACGUGCGUAAAUUGGAUGGCCUCGAAGGAUUCGUACCAGCCAACUACGUCAAAGAGGUUGAAGCGCGUCCAGUACCGUGCCUCAUUCGCAAGGCUGAGAAAGUAAAGGCCAUGCAAAAGGUGAAGAAAACAAUUCUGGUCAAACAGGUAGUACCGGUCAAAAGAGUUCGACCCGCUAAGGUAAGUCAAAUCAAACCCUUGGUGAGGCGUCGUACCGAUGGAGACACCACGAUUGAUAGUAAUGACAGUGUUGAUAAACGUCAGAAGCAUAUCAACAGCACAUAUGACCAGUUACAGGAGUUGGCCGAGAGAAGACGCGCACUGUUGGAAGAUUCCAUUUGUUUGUUCCGUUUUUACAGAGAGUGCGACGAUUUCGAGAAAUGGAUCAAAGAUAAGGAGAAGAUGCUCCGCACAGACGAUCCAAAAGACAACGUUGAAACCGCCAAGAGAAAGUUCGAGACCUUUCUCACGGAUCUGUCCGCAUCGUCCAAACGAGUGGAAGCUAUCGAUUCCGACGUGGAGGACUUUGUCCGUCAGGGACACUCCCAGUUGGACAAAGUUAAGGCUCGCCAACGACAAAUUCAUCAGAUGUGGGAACAUCUGAAUUACCUCAAAGGUCAGAAGGAGAAGAAUUUGGAGGGAGCCUCGAGUGUCGAACUGUUCAAUCGUACCUGUGAAGAAGCAAUCGACUGGAUGAACGAGAAGAUGACUCAGCUGGAUACAGCUGAAGUGGGGCCUGACCUAAAAACCGUCCAAGCGCUUCAGAGACGUCACGAAAAUUUAGAACGAGAGUUGGCACCAGUUCAAGAGAAGGUAAGUCGGGUCAAUCUGCUCGGUAAUACAGUUAAGAGCUCCUAUCCAUCCGAGCGGGACAAUGUCACCGAGAAACAGAAGGAUAUCCAAGAGCUGUGGAAAAAGGUCCAAGAGAAGGCAAAAGAACGCCGUUCCCGUUUAGAGAACGCCGUCGGUCAGCAAAUUUUUACCAACUGCACGAAAUCGUUGCUAGCCUGGAUCGAGGGUGUACACAACCAGCUGAAUGCCGACGAAACUGCCAGAGACGUGGAAACGGCCGAGAAUCUGCUAAAGCAGCACAACGAUCUCGGUGAGGAAAUCAAAGCCCAUGACGAUGAGUUCAAACAGUUAGCACACCUAGGCAACCAAUUGCUGCAGCGCAAUCCGAACCUCUCAGAGGUCCCUGAAAUGAUUCAGAAGCUGUCCGCGGAGCAGGAGGCGCUCUACACAGCAUGGAGUAUCAAAGAGAAGAAACUGUUGCAGUGCGUUGAAUUGCAAGUGUUCAACCGUGAAGCGGACAAGAUUGACGCCACCACCAAGAGUCACGAAGCGUACCUCGACUAUGAUGAUCUUGGAAAUUCGCUUGACGACGUUGAAGCAAUCAUGAAACGACACAAUGACUUCGAGAAUACCCUCGGAGCGCAGGACAAAAUUUUGAAAAACUUCUCCGAUGGCGCCGAUAAGUUGAUCAAAAAUAAUCAUUAUGAUGCGAAGUACAUCGCCGAGAGACGCGACCAGGUUCUCGCUCGUAGAGAAGUGGUCAAGCAACUGGCGCAGAAGAGACGGAACGCUCUGCAGGCGUCCAAGGACUUCCAAAAGUUCGGUGCCGACGUGGAUGAUCUGAAUGCAUGGCUGACGGACAAGGCCAGGAUUGCCAGUGACGAGAGCUACAAGGAUUUGACGAACCUCCCGAGGAAAUUACAGAAACACAAAGCCUUUGAGCGCGAGCUGCGAGCUAACGAAGGACAACUUCGUACCGUAAACAAGGAGGGCGAAGCGUUGAUCAAAACGCACAAUCGAGCCGAAGAGGUCGCCCAGAUGCUUGCGGCGGUUAACCAGAAAUGGAAAGAACUGAACUCAUCCUCGCUGGAGAAGGGAAGGCGUUUGGAGCAGGCUUCAUUGCAACGGGAGCAUAACCGUAAUAUUGAGGAUGCUAAGAGUAAGUUGGAGGAACUGGAUGUCGCUCUGCAGAGUAAACAGGUCGGCAGCGAUCUGCGCAGCUGUAAGGAUUUGAUGAAUAAGCAUCAGAUGUUGGAGAACGACGUUAGCAUGUGGGAGGCAAAGGUAGCUGAGCUUGUUACCUCGGGAGAGGAAAUGGCCCACGAAGGUCACUUCGAUGCGAACAACAUAAAGAACGAGACUAAGAAGCUUCAGAACCAAUUCGCGAACUUGAAGGUACCGGCGGCCAAACGACACGAAGCGUUGGAAGAAAGCCUUCGUUUCCACAAGUUUGUGUUCGAAUUGGAUGCCGAAUUGCAGUGGAUCAACGAACGUCUGCCAGCUGCCAGUUCUGAAGUGAUCGGACAGAAUUUACACCAGGCUCAAAGUCUAUACAAGAAGCACAAAAAACUCGAGGCAGAAAUCGAAGGUCAUCAACCGAUGAUAAAUCGAACUUUCGCUUCUGCGGAAGCUCUCAUCAGUCAAAACCAUCCAGAGACAUCGCAGGUCAAAGAACUCUGUAACACACUAGAACUUGCCUGGAGCGAUCUUCAGGAUAAGGCAACCGAACGGUCCAAGAAAUUGGAACUUUCACUCAAAGCCCAGCAGUAUCUAUCCGAAGCUGGUGAAAUCGAAACUUGGCUUGGCGAACGCAACAAUGUGUUGCGCUCAACCGAUUACGGACGAGAUCGUGAUUCGGCUACCAAACUUUUAACCAAGCACAAAGCAAUCGAACUAGAACUUGACACAUACUCCGGGAUUGUAUCGGAAAUGGGCCAUACCGCAUCGGCCAUGGUAACAUCUAAGCACCCGGAUAGUAAAAUGAUCGCCGCCAAACAGCAGCUGAUCGAAAAAAUGCUGAAAUCUCUGCAGAAGCUGGCCGCCCAGCGCCAACUGCGUCUGAUGGAAAGCCUCUAUCGACACGAGUACUUUAUGGAGUCAGCCGACUUGGAACAGUGGAUCAAGGAACAGGAGCAGGCGGUGAAUUCCGAAGAUUACGGUCACGACUACGAGCAUUUACUGAUUUUGAAGAACAAAUUCGACGACCUGAAGCACCGCAUCGAAGUUGGUUCGGAGCGGUUCAAUCAGUGCGAGGAGUUCGCACAGAAGCUCAUCGGGGGUGACAGUCCGUACGUGGCGGACAUCGAGAAACGGCAGGAACAACUCAGUAACGGAAAGCAGCUGAUCUACACCGAGGCCCAACUGGAGGUCGUCGAACACCGUGCUCAUGUGUGCAACUGCUGGCAAAACCUACUAAAGCAACUGGCGGCACGUGAGAAGAAGCUUCACGCAGCUGGGGAAAUUCAUCGCUUCCACCGGGAUGCCGCGGAAGCUCUAUUCCGCAUUCAGGACAAGAACGCUGCCCUCUCGAAUGAGUUGGGCAAGGAUCUGAACUCGGCCCUGGCGCUAGCUCGCAAACACGAAGCCUUCGAGAACGAGCUGGUUGCACUGGAGGCACAGCUUCAGUUUCUGGUGGACGAUUCGCUGCGACUGCAGGCGAAGUACCCCGGCGACAAUGCAAAGGCCAUUGCCGUAGAACAGGAAAACGUCAUCCAGGCGUGGAACGUGCUGAAGGAGAAAUCGGCGCUACGCAACGAUCAACUGCAGGCAAGCUGUGACCUGCAACACUUCCUCACUCAGGUCAGGGAUUUGAUGUCGUGGGCAACAAAUUUGCGCGCAACCCUACAGGCGGAAGAGCACGUUAGCGAUGCGACGGGUGCGACAGCGUUGAAAAUUCAGCACGACGCCAUCUACGGGGAGAUUGAAGCGCGCGAGGAAACUUUCAGGUACUUGAACGAGCUGAGUGACUCGAUGGUGCAGACAGGGCACUAUGCGGCGACCGAGGUGGAAGAAAAGUGUUCGGCCCUGCUGGACGAACGAGCGAAGCUACAUUCGGCGUACAACAAGAAGAAGAUCCUGCUGGAGCAGAAGAUAGAUUUGUUCUGCUUCAUGCGGGAUGCGAAGGUUAUCGAUAAUCUGAGCAGUGGCCAGGAGGCCGCCCUGUUGAGUUCCGAUUUCGGUCAGACGGUGGAUGUGGUGCAAAAUCAGCUCAAGAAGCACGAUGCAUUCGAGAAAUUGAUCCAAACGCAGGACGAGAAGGUGGCGAUCCUCCAGGAUCACGGCAGGAAACUGGUGGAGCAAAAUCAUUACGACAGCGAGAAUAUCAGGAGGAGGUUGAAAGAAAUUAUUGAUCGCAGACAGAGAAUUAAGGAGCUGUGUGCGCAGCGACGACAAAAGCUUCAGAAUGCCUUGCUGUAUGCGCAAUUCAUUCGAGACUGCGCGGAGGCAGGGGCGUGGAUCAAUGAGAAGCAGAAGAAGCUGGAAGCCGAUGCGACUGGAUUUACUGACGUGACCAACAUGGAGGACAAGGUGAAGAAGCUGCAGAAACACCAAGCGUUCCAGGCGGAAGUGGCGGCAAACGAAGGUCGCAUCAAGGAAGUCAAGCAGAAAGGGGAAACGCUCAUUGCAAAGAGGCACGAAUGUGCUGCCGAGAUCGAGGAUGAAGUGUGCAAGUUGAGUGAUUCGUGGAACGUUCUGCUGCACGAGGUUGUCUCCCGUGGUAGAGGUUUGGAGGAAGCGCAAGACAUUUUAGAAUUCAACAGUCAGCUAGACAAGUUGGAGGCUUGGAUUAGGGACAAAGAGAUGAUGGUGCACGCUAGUGAUACCGGUCGCGAUCUGGAGCACUGUAACGCUUUGAAGAGAAAGCUGGAUGAUGUUGAUUCCGAUAUGAGGGUGGACGAUCAACGCAUUAAAACGAUCAAUGUGUUGGCGGAUAAACUUCUCACGCAGGAGAAGGCACCGAACGAGGCCAAGAAUGUUCAGCAGAGAAGGAACAAUUUCAACAACAAAUGGAAGUCACUGCAGGGAGCGCUGAACAAGUAUCGUGAGCUGCUAGAUGGGGCUUAUGAAAUUCAUGUGUUCAACCGUGAUGUUGACGACACGGCCGAACGAAUCGCCGAGAAGCAGCUGGCGAUGAGUGUGGAUGACACCGGACGUGAUUUGAAUGCGGUGGAAGCUCUGAAGCGUAAGCAGGAUACAAUGCAGCGUGAUAUGACGGCCGUUCAGCAGAAAAUCCAUGAACACGAACAACGAGCUAGAGUGCUGUUUCAAAAGUAUCCGGACAAUGCGAUCAACAUCGAAGAAAAGCUCGAUGAAUUGAAGCGACAGUGGAAUAACCUGCAGGAGGCAAGCGUAAAGCGAGCGCAUGCGUUGGAUAAUGGCUACACUGCCCAUAAAUUCACUGCCGACGUGAAGGAGCUUGAGUUGUGGACUAACGACAUCAUCAAGAAGAUGGAUUCGGUGACGAAUCCUACCACGAUUGCCGAGUGCCAGGUGCAGAUACAGUUACACCAAGAGCGGAAGGCGGAGAUCGAUGGAAGGGAUAAGAUCUUCAAAGUUCUUCGCGAACAUGGUGAGCGGUUGGUUGCCGAGAACAAGGCAAGAGGUAUCAGGAAUAACUACGUGGAAAAGGCAUUGAGGCAGCUGGAAGAUUUAAACAAACAUCUGCUUGAUUCUUGGAAGGGUAAGGAUCGUGGACUCAAGGAGGCGUAUCAGUUGCAGCAAUUCAAGGAACAGGCGGACCACAUCGAAGCCUGGCUGGCCAACAAGGAGGCCUUCCUGAACAAUGACGAUCUCGGUGAGUCAUUCACGGCUGUAGAUGCGUUAAUGAAGAAACAUGAGGCUUUCGAAAAGCUGCUGGCCGCCAGCAGAACGGACGAACUUGAAAGCUUCGCAGAGGAAAUACUGGCAGAAAAUCCUUUCGAGGCGGACGUGAUUAAGCAGAGACUUUAUUCGGUUAUCGCUAGGAAAGAUAGGUUGUUGGCUUCGUCCGCUGCAAGGAAACAGAAACUGCAAGAAUCCCUACAGCUGCAGCAGUUCUUGCGAGAUUUAUACGAAGUCGCCAAAUGGAUUUCGCAGAAAAUGCAAAUUGCACUUGAUGAAAACUACCGCGAACCAAGCAAUCUGCAGAGCAAAAUUCAGAAGCACAUUGCUUUCGAUGCUGAGUUGGGAGCAAAUUCAAGCCGUGUAACAGCGAUCAUUGAAGAUGGUGAAUCCCUGAUCAACGCCGAACACUACGCUAGUUCUCUGGUCCAACAGCAGUUGGAUAUACUGGAAGCGGACUGGCAAAAGCUCCGUGAAGCUUCUCGUGAGAAAAAGGAACGCCUGGCUCAGGCAUAUGAGGCCCGACUGUUCGAGCGUAAUCUGGACGAUUUCAACAACUGGAUGGACGAGGUGGAGCUACAGCUCUCUUCGGAAGACUACGGCCGAGAUCUUGCGUCGGUGAGCAACCUGCUGAAGAAACACGAAAUGCUCGAGGCCGACGUCACACAUCACAUGGAAACCUGCGAGCAGAUCAAAGCAGCGGACGAUAAGUUCCUCGCGUCCGACCACUUCAUGAAGGAGGAGCUGCACGAGACCGCAAUGCUCACCUUCAAACGGUACCAUUCGCUGCACGAACCAACAACUAUUCGCCGGGAUAACCUGGAGGACUCACUGCAGCUGCACCAAUUCCUGCGUGAUGCCGAAGACGAGUUAUCUUGGCUGAACGAGAAGGAACCUCUGGCGGCAUCCAAAGAUCUUGGCAACAGUCUAACCGCAGUACAGAGUUUGCAAAAGAAACACCAAGCACUGGAGGCGGAAAUUCUCUCCCAGGAGCCAACUAUUUCUGCACUGAUCCAGCGUGGCCAGCAGAUGAUCCGCGAGAAUCACUACGCCGUCGAGCAGAUCGAGUCACAGUCCAAUCUGCUGCAGCAGAAGCUGAUAAACCUGCGGAAUCUAACCAACGUGCGAAGAUUGCGGCUGCUGGAUGCCGUGGAAAGUCAACAAUUCUACGCAGAAGCAAACGAGGCCGAGUCCUGGCUACGCGAGAAGAAACCCAUCAUUUCGUCGUACGAUUACGGCAAGGACGAAGAUUCGGUCAGUUCACUGCAGAAAAAGCUGGACGCAUUGCAGCGGGAGCUCGUAGCGUUCCGCCCGACGGUGGAGAAAAUUGAUAAGCUGGCGGCCGGGCUCCAGGAACGUGGACAUUUUGACAGUGAUAAAAUUAAGGCCAAGAACGACAAGAUUCAGUAUCAGUUCCACGAGUUGAACCGAUUGGCCGGAGAACGGGAGAAGAAGUUGGCCGAGACGAAGAAACUGUUCGAGUUCAUCCGAGAGAUCGACGAUCUGCAAGAGUGGAUCGAAAUGCAGAUGACGACUGCCGGUUCGGAGGAGUACGGAACGGACGUAGAGCACGUGGAACAGUUGACUGCUCAGUUCGAAUCGUUUGUGUCAAAUUUGAACUCGAACGAGGCUCGUGUCAACGCAUGCGUUGCCAAGGGAGAAUCAUUGUUAAACGAGGGUAACCCUAAUAAAGAUAUCAUCAAAGGUAAACGGGACGAAACGAAGCAGUUGUGGGAAGAACUUAAGGACUUGGUGCUAGCUCGCCAGGAAGCUUUGACGGGGGCUAAACAGGUUCACGUGUUUGAUCGCACCGCGGACGAGACUAUCAGCUGGAUAAACGAAAAGAUCUCUGCCGUACUAUCGGAGGACUAUGGUCACGACUUGGAGACCAUUCAGGCACUUGUGCGCACUCACGAAAGCUUCGAAGCGGAGCUGUGCGCCAUAAAGGAGCAGCUGGAAUCCGUUGUCCAGGAAGCACAGAAACUAGGCGACGUCUUUCCCGAUGCCAAAGAACACAUCGAAGUCAAGCGGGACGAAACGAUCGAAGCGUGGUCUGAGCUGAAGGAGAAGACGAUCCAGCGCAAGGGAAAACUUAUGCAAGCGGAACAAUUGCAAGCUUACUUCGAUGAGUACCGAGAUCUGAUGGCCUGGAUCAACGAAAUGCUGGCACAGAUCACCGCUCCUGAUCUCGCGAAGGAUGUGGCCGGUGCCGAAGCACUGAUUGGGAAGAUUAAGGAGCACAGAACGGAGGCCAACUCGCGGAACGAAGCUUUUGAAACAUUUUACAAAACAGGAAAAAAAUUGAUCAGAGAUGGACAUUUCCUGGCGAAUGAAGUCCAGGAGAAGAUCGCUAUUCUGGAUCAGCGGAAACGACUUUUAGAUAAUACCAUCGUUCAGCGAGCAGAUCUCUACGAGUUGAACCUAGACACUCAACUCUUCCUGAAGGACGCCGAUGUUAUUGAGGGUUGGAUCAUCUCUCGACAAGUACAGUUGAAGGAUGGUAAGCUGGGUGAAUCCAUUGCCCAGGUCGAAGAUCUUAUCCGGAAGCAUGAAGAUUUCGAGAAAACUGUGGCUGCCCAGGAAGAAAAAGUUCUCGCCCUGAAGCGGAUAACUUUGUUGGAGCAGAAAUUCAAGAAACAAUUGGAAGCCGAACAGGCUGCUCGGAUUGCUGAGAAGGAACGUGUCGAACGUGAGCGCCAUGAGGCGCUCAAGCAGAAAGAAGUACAACGUAUCACUGAGGAGCGUCGAAGAAAUGACGUGAACUCAUCCGCCGUUAACGGCUAUCGGGACACACCGAACAAAUCAUCCACACCUAGUCAUCUGUCUCCCGCAUCUGGUACCGGUCUCUCGAAGGAAGCUCCGGAUGUGUCUCCAGUUCAAAAGUCCAAUUCGUUCGCAAUGAUGCUGCAGGAACGUCUCCGACGAGGCUCUGAAGGUAACAUUAAACGAGCGGAGAGCAUGAAGAUUGGUCCCAAGCCAGCCAAACGAACGCCGUCAUUCACCACCCGACGGCGAGCACAGAGCUUCCGCAAGAAUCAACGUGGAAGCGAUAACAAUUCCGAAUCCGAUUUACCUCCCGUCGAAGUGCAGGGAGUGCUUGAGCGCAAGCAUGAGUUGCAGUCCGGUGGAAAGAAGGCGCCGGUUCGCUCGUGGAAACCCUUCUAUACGGUUCUAUGUGGACAGUUGCUUUGCUUCUUCAAGGAUGCUGAGGAUUUCGCCCAGAAGAAGGCAGCCACCGCACCAGUGAAUAUUCUGAACGCCAAAUGCGAACGAGCAGAGGAUUAUACCAAGAAGAAAAACGUCUUCCGAUUGGUGCUGCUGGAUGGUUCGGAAUUCCUGUUCCUUACCGGUUCCAAAGAGUCAAUGACCGAGUGGGUGAAUAAAAUAGCUUUCCACGCCGCACUACCCCCGAAUUUGCAGCUCAUGAGCUACGACGAAUCGAUGAAGCACUCAUCCAGCGUCGACGCUAAGUUGCUUGGACUACAAAUCAGUGCUCAAUCACCGAUCCUCGACCGAAGCGAUGCGAACUCGUCAAUAAGCUCGCGAACUUCAUCACCGGAUUCCCAGCGACGGGAUUCACGUGCAUCACUGAACAGUGCCAAAUCCGGUGGUUCCGGUAGCAAUAACAGUAGUGGCUUACAGACCCCCCAAAUUAAUUUCCUCCAGAAGCAGAAGGAGCUACGUGAACUUGAGAAUCAGCAACGAUUGUCUCAGCAACAGCAGCAGCAGCAGCAAAUUUUCCAGUCCUCGCAAACCCCAACACAGGAAUUCUACGGCUUGGCGGAUAAGCCUCCGAUACCACCUCGGGGCGUUCCCCCUCCGGUUCCACAGCGCCAAUCUAGCAAUGAGAACAUCUUGAACAACAACAACACCAACAGCACAGUACAAAUUCGUCCCAAGACGAGCGGUAGUUUCAACGGUAACGACUACGACAACGGCAAUUUCCCAAACAACCCACGUUCCCUGUCUUAUCAGCCUUCAGCUACGCGUGGGGGAAUACCUCAGAAUGGCAACAACCUUAACAGUAGCAACAACAACAACAAUGGCAACGAAGAGGUGUGGUUACGUCACAGUGAAGUGAGAACAUCAGAUAAUCCUGUCCCACCACUACCGGCCACCUCUCCCCCGCUGAGUUCAUUCUCCCCGCUAAAACCACCUUCGGGCAUCCAACAUCACCACCAUCACCAGCAGCCACAGCAAUCGCUUCUGCAGCAGAAACAAUCACAACAGGACCAGUUUAUCAAGCGGGAAAGGGAGCAGUCCAACAGUAACAACUACCUGAAGAUGGGCAGCCCCACCGGUCGGGAGAGCAACAACAAUGUCGUAUCGCGAACAACAUGGCACCAGCAUCUUCCGACGGUGACGACGACAUCGACUACCGUUCACGGCAAUAAUGGAUCCAAUGGUGGAAUGGACUACCAGCAGUUCAAUAAUGGGGUUAGCAAUACGUUCGGCAACAGUAUCAACCUGGAUGGAUACUCGACCGGUUGGGGCCAAACUCGCCACGAAGCACAGCGGCCAGUUUCGCUCCCAGUGACUGGCAUUAUCCCGGGCGGAAGUAGUAGCAUCACAACCACCAUCUCCACCUCUACCAGUCUGGGAGCGGGAGAUAUUUCCAACCUGAUACUGACCCGCCAGCAAACCGGCCAUUCGGCGGAAAGUUCCAGCGAGAGCGAGGCCAGCUUUAUCAAGGGCGGCAGUCGGGACGGCAGUGGCAACGGCAAGGACAAGAAGAGUGGCAGCAGCGGCGGGGUGUUCAGAAUAUUCUCCAAGAAAAAGCCCAAGAAUCACAACUGAUGAUGACGAACGGAUAUGUGUACGCCGCUGCACUUCUUGAUAUAAUUGUUUGUUCAUACCGUUUUUACCGCGUCAAGUGGCCCAUUUCAAGCAACGCAAAAGCGAGAAACAUCGGUUGUAAAUUUAGGUUUUUGUAUGAUUGUUUUUUCAGCAAUAUUUUGAAUUGGAAAACUAGUAACUUGUUGGAAAAUAGUUUUAACCUUUUUUUUUGUUCUAUUUAAACGCAGAAUGUUAUUUUAUUACAGCGUAGAAUUGCAGCUCUUGAGCACCUUAACUUGUAAGUCAACAUAAUAUUAUAUUCUUCACCUCUGUCGAUGGAAAGUGUUGAGCUUGAAAAGGCAAUUUGUUAGCUAGUUGUCUUAUUUAAAAUAUCCAGGAACAUUGAAAACAAAGAGAAAUCAAUGCGGUUAUGUAACAUAUAUCUAUAAUAGCUUACUUGCUGAUAUAUUUGUUUUUUUUUUGCAUAUCGCAUCGUCAUACAUUGUUGGAUUAUCAUACAAAAGAAGCAAAACUAUGGUUUAUAUAUAAUAUAUAUUAACUACGGCAGAGUAGUUGAAUAAAUUUGUUAUACAUUUGAUUAGAUUUUAGGUAAGUCAGUAAAAAUAAUAAAACAUUGAAAUAUUCCCUGAAUUAAAGAA